CGCCGCUGCCGCCGCAGCAUCGGCAUCGCAGACGCGCUCGGGCAGCGGGUCCGAGGCCGGCGUGCGCGGAGGCUGGGCGGGCAGCCCGAGCGGCAGCCGCAGCGCAGGCUUGAAGACCCCACCAGCCCUGCUGGGGAGAGAGCCCAGGCGUGGGCGCCCGCAUGUAGCCGUGCCCCAGGCCUAGGAGUCCGAGGACCCACUAUCCACGUUCAGACCAUCUCACACACCUGGGGCAUUGAGCCCCCAGCCCUGCCCCUGCUCGGGCCUGCGAGAUCAUGGGACGCUGCCAUUCUUAGCGGACCUUGAGCUGGAAGGCCCUCUCGCUGCCUGUCCCUUGAGCAGUGCCCCCACCCCCAGAUCCCGCCCCAAGCCGCCCAGCAGCCCCCUUCCCUCCGGCCGGAGCCUGAGCCAAGCCCGGCCGGCUGUGCGGUGCCGAGCUGCCGGCGCUGCCGGGAAGAUGGCCGUGUCGCUGCGGUACUUGUGGCCUCUGCUUCUGUGCAGCCCCUGCCUGCUCAUCCAGAUUCCCGACGAAUAUGAAGGAUACCGGGUGAUGGAACCACCUGUCAUCACGGAACAGUCUCCACGGCGCCUGGUUGUCUUCCCUACAGAUGACAUCAGCCUCAAGUGUGAGGCCAGCGGCAAACCUGAAGUGCAGUUCCGCUGGACUCGGGAUGGCGUCCACUUCAAACCCAAGGAGGAAGUGGGUGUGACCGUGCACCAGGCACCACACUCUGGCUCCUUCACCAUCACAGGCAACAACAGCAACUUUGCCCAGAGGUUCCAGGGCACCUACCGCUGCUUUGCCAGCAAUAAGCUGGGCACAGCCAUGUCCCAUGAGAUCCAGCUCAUGGCUGAGGGUGCCCCCAAGUGGCCGAAAGAGACGGUGAAGCCUGUAGAGGUGGAGGAGGGGGAGUCGGUGGUCCUGCCUUGCCACCCUCCGCCCAGCGCCGAGCCGCUCCGAAUCUACUGGAUGAACAGCAAGAUCUUGCACAUCAAGCAGGACGAGCGGGUAACGAUGGGUCAGAACGGCAAUCUCUACUUUGCCAACGUCCUCACCUCGGACAACCACUCGGACUACAUCUGCCACGCCCACUUCCCUGGCACCCGGACCAUCAUCCAGAAGGAACCCAUUGACCUCCGGGUCAAGGCCACCAACAGCAUGAUCGACAGGAAGCCGCGCCUGCUCUUCCCCACCAACUCCAGCAGCCAUCUGGUGGCCUUGCAGGGGCAGCCGCUGGUCCUGGAGUGCAUUGCCGAGGGCUUCCCUACGCCCACCAUCAAGUGGCUACGCCCCAGUGGCCCCAUGCCGGCUGACAGAGUUGCCUACCAGAACCACAACAAGACGCUGCAGCUGCUAAACGUGGCCGAGGAGGACGACGGCGAGUACCGGUGCCUGGCCGAGAACUCGCUGGGCCGCGAUCGGCACACCUACUACGUCACUGUGGAGGCUGCCCCCUACUGGCUGCACAAGCCCCAGAGUCGUCUGUACGGGCCUGGCGAGACUGCCCGCCUAGACUGCCAGGUGCAGGGGAGGCCCCAGCCGGAGGUCACCUGGAGAAUCAAUGGCAUUCCCGUGGAGGAGCUGGCUAAGGACCAGAAGUACCGAAUCCAGCGUGGGGCCUUGAUCCUGAGCCAUGUGCAGCCCAGCGACACGAUGGUGACGCAGUGCGAGGCCCGCAACCGGCACGGGCUCCUGCUGGCCAAUGCCUACAUCUAUGUCGUUCAGCUUCCUGCCAAGAUCCUGACCCCGGACAACGAGACGUACAUGGCAGUCGAGGGCAGCACCGCCUACCUUCUGUGCAAGGCCUUUGGAGCCCCUGUGCCCAGUGUCCAGUGGCUGGACAAGGAAGGGAAGACCGUGCUGCGGGACGAACGUUUCUUCCCUUACACCAAUGGGACCCUGGGCAUCCGGGACCUCCAGGCCAAUGACACUGGCCGCUACUUCUGCCAGGCCGCCAAUGACCAGAACAAUGUGACCAUUGUGGCUAACCUGCAGGUCAAAGAUGCCACUCAGAUCACGCAGGGGCCGCAGAGUGCGAUCGAGAAGAAAGGCUCCAAAGUGACUUUCACGUGCCAGGCCUCCUUUGACCCCUCCUUGCAGCACAGCAUCACUUGGCGAGGGGACGGUCGAAACCUUCAGGAGUCUGGGGACAGUGACAAGUACUUCAUAGAGGAGGGGCGCCUGGUCAUCCACAGCCUGGACUACAGUGACCAGGGCAACUACAGCUGUGUGGCCGGCACCGAGCUGGACGUGGUGGAGAGCCGGGCCCAGCUCCUGGUGGUGGGGAGCCCCGGGCCGGUGCCCCAGCUGGAGCUGUCCGACCGCCACCUGCUGGAACAGAGCCAGGUGCGCCUGUCUUGGAGACCCGCCGAGGACCAUAACGCCCCCAUCGAGAAGUAUGACAUUGAAUUUGAAGACAAGGAGAUGGCGCCUCAGGAAUGGUACAGUCUGGGCAAGGUGCCGGGGAACCAGACCUCCACCACCCUCAAGCUCUCGCCCUACGUGCGCUACUCCUUCCGAGUUACUGCCAUCAACAAGUACGGGCCUGGAGAGCCCAGCCCAGCCUCCGAGACUGUGGUCACACCUGAGGCAGCCCCGGAGAAGAACCCUGUGGACGUGAAGGGGGAAGGGAACGAGACCAGCAACAUGGUCAUCACUUGGAAGCCCCUUAGAUGGAUGGACUGGAAUGCCCCCCAGGUUCAGUACCGUGUCCAGUGGCGCCCUCAGGGGACACGGGGUCCCUGGCAGGAACAGAUCGUGAGCGACCCCUUGCUGGUUGUGUCCAACACGUCCACCUUUGUGCCUUAUGAGAUCAAAGUCCAGGCUGUCAACAGCCAGGGCAAGGGCCCUGAGCCGCAGAUUACCAUUGGCUACUCGGGGGAAGACUACCCCCAGGCAAGCCCUGAGCUGGAAGGCGUCAAGAUCCUCAACUCUAGCGCCGUGCUGGUCAGGUGGUGGCCGGUGGACCCCGCCCAGGUCAAGGGCCACCUCCGAGGAUACAAUGUGACGUACUGGUGGGAGGGCAGUCAGAGGAAGCACAGCAAGAGGCAUAGCCACAGAGGCCACGUGGUGGUGCCCGCCAACACCACCAGCGCCGUCCUGGGAGGCCUGCGGCCCUACAGUUCCUACCGUCUGGAAGUGCAGGCCUUCAAUGGCCGGGGACUGGGGCCCGCCAGCGAGAUGGCCUUCAAGACCCCCGAGGGAGUGCCAGGCCACCCUGAGGCGCUGCAUCUGGAGUGCCAGUCGGACACCAGCCUCCUGCUGCACUGGCAGCCGCCACUCAGCCACAACGGCGUGCUCACCGGCUACGUGCUCUCCUAUCGCCCUUUGGAUGACGGGGACAAGGAGCAGCUGUCCUUUGACCUUCCGGACCCCGAGCUGCGGACACACAACCUGACCAACCUCAGCCCGCACCUGCGGUACCGCUUCCGGCUGCAGGCCACCACCAAGGAGGGCCCCGGGGAGGCCAUCGUGCGGGAGGGAGGCACCAUGGCCUUAUCCGGGACCCCGGAUUUUGGCAACAUCUCGGCCAUGGCCGGCGAGAAUUACAGCGUGGUCUCCUGGGUCCCCAAGGAGGGCCAGUGCAACUUUGGGUUCCAGAUCUGGUUCAAAGCCCUGGGGGACGAGAAGAUGAGCCCCCAUCUGCCCCCGCAGUACGUCAGCUACAACCAGAGCUCCUACACACAGUGGGACCUGCAGCCCGACACCGACUACGAGAUCCACCUGCUCAAGGAGAGGGUGCUCCUUAAGAUGGCUGUGAAGACCAACGGCACCGGCCGUGUGAGACUCCCUCCCGCUGGUUUCGCCACUGAGGGCUGGUUCAUCGGCUUCAUCAGCGCCAUCGUCCUCCUGCUUCUCGUCUUGCUCAUCCUCUGCUUUAUCAAGCGCAGCAAAGGCGGCAAGUACUCCGUGAAGGACAAAGAGGACACCCAGGUGGACUCCGAGGCCCGGCCAAUGAAGGACGAGACCUUUGGCGAGUACAGGUCCCUGGAGAGUGACAACGAGGAGAAGGCCUUUGGCAGCAGCCAGCCGUCCCUCAAUGGAGACAUCAAGCCCCUGGGCAGCGAUGACAGCCUGGCCGACUAUGGGGGCAGUGUGGACGUGCAGUUUAACGAGGACGGCUCCUUCAUCGGCCAGUACAGCGGCAAGAAGGAGAGGGAGGCCACAGGAGGCAAUGACAGCUCCGGGGCCGCCUCCCCCAUCAACCCUGCCGGGGCGCUAGAGUAGCGCGUUCCAGCCAGGCAAGGCCAGGCAGGGCCAAGUCUGGGGCCGGGCCACAGGGGAGUCAGAGGCCAAGACCCCCGAGCCCAGCACCCGUGCUGACCUUGGGACUGAGGCUCCAUCCACUCCCUUCCGGGCCCGGCCCCACCCUCCCGGCCCUGGGCCUGCGGGAGGCUUGAAGUUGGGGGCAGAGGAGAGGAGUUCACUGCCUCUGAACCCCUUCUGACUACCCGGUCCCCACUUUAUUGCCAAAACCCAGCUGCUCCCCUUCUUGGGCACGCACUGCUUUGUUCCAGCUCGGGGACCAAUCACCCGCCCACCAAGAGCCUGCAGGUGCUGCCUCGUCAGCCUCUGGGCUGUGGUUGGGCAGAGAGGAAGUAGGGGUGGCCACUCUUCGGACAGCCUGGCUGGGGUUGGGGACAGGACUCGGUGUCCCCACCAUCUGCUCCAGUCAGGACGGGAUCUGGGCAAGCUGGCCGCGGGGGCGGAGGAGGCCAUCUGGAGAGCCCAGAGUCCCCACCUCGCAGUAUCAAGCUGGUCGCUGCCUUCCUCCGCUGCCCGCUCCACCCUGCGGCCAGCUUGCCGGAGCUCUGCACACACGCUGCCUUCGGUGCCCACCAGACAACAUCCAAGUGGCCUCUGUCACUGCCAGGGCAUGGGGCAGGCACGUUUCCCUGCUGCCCCUGCCACUGCCUGCAGCCCAGGACCCUCUAGCCACCCCGCCCGGUCCAAGUAGAGCCCCUCCUCAGCCUCCCCUGCCCCUCAGCCUUGGGAAUGUAAAUACACCGUGACCUUGAAAGUUUGUGCCCUCGCCUUUCCCCAUAUGCCACUAGUGUAGGCAGAUGUCUGAGUCUCUAGGUGGUUUCUAGGUUUUAUAGCAAUUAGCUUUGAUGAUCCCACCCUAGGAAAAAUACACACACACACACACACACACACACACACAUACACACACACACACACAGAAAAAAGGAAAGAUUGGUUCUCCCAGCUCUGCCGCGCUCCUGCCUGGCAGCUACGGUCUCCCUGUAUGCCUUUGCUUGGUCUGUUGAUGAGCCCUUUACAAAAAAAA